AUGGCAAAGAACGACAAUAUCCACGAGGAAGAGACCGCGAUUGCGAACGAAGCGACACACUUGCUGCCCAGCAGCUCAGCCUCUCAAGAUGAAAUCAGUGAAACAUCCUCAAUCACUCCCGCUUGGGAUGGCUUGAAGGACUUUGAAGGAUUGCCCUGGUGGCGUCAACCCUCAGUCUACUGGCUGCUUGGUCCAUAUGUUAUCUUCACACUCGCAUUCGGAGGUGUAGUGGUUCCUAAACUUGACUUACAAUACUUCGCAGACCAACACAGCCAUAAUCCGGACAAAGUAUUUAUGCCUGUUUUACUCGGGACGGAUAAUCCCCAAUGUCAAAUCCCAGAGGUCUCCGCAAACUCGGCCAAGUUCCUGUUAGUCAUGGGUUUGUUCACUGGAGUCCUGAGUGCGUUUGUCACACCAAAAAUCGGCCACUUAUCCGACCGAUAUGGUCGAACACGACUUAUGGCUCUUGCGUCCGUAGGUGGAGUCCUGAAUGAGUUCAUCACUAUCCUAGUAGCCCGAUACCCCGAUGUUAUUGAUUAUCGAUGGCUGCUCCUGGGCAGUAUCUUUGAUGGCAUGACGGGAUCUUUCACUACUGGGAGUAUCAUGUCACAGUCUUAUGCAAGCGACUGCACUCCCCCUUCAAAACGCGCCGUGUCUAUGGGCUACAUACAUGCUUGCCUAUUUGCGGGACUUGCGUUUGGUCCUCUUCUCGGAGGCUACUUUGUCAAGUGGACGGGUAGUUUGCUUUCCAUCUUUUAUGUUGUCAUGGGAUGUCAUUUUGCAUUCAUGCUGUUCGUCUGGCUUGUUGUCCCCGAGUCGUUGUCAGGAAGAAGGCAGUUGAUCGCUCGCGAGAAGCACGAAAAGGAAAAGGAGAUGCGAUCUCAGACCUCGUCGUCCUGGGUGGCUACGCUCCAGAAUGCAAACCCUUUUGCACCCCUCAAGAUUCUCCGUCCUACAGGUCCCGGAACCUCACCUGCUCUGCGUCGUAACCUGAUUGCGCUUGCCAUUGAUGACACGAUCAUCUUGGGAGCGAGCAUGUCCGCAGGUGCCGUCAUCGUUCUAUAUUGUGGACUCGUAUGGCACUGGGAUACUUUGGAAAAGUCCAAGUUUGUUUCUCUGAUAUCAUUUGUUCGUGUUGUGAUUCUUAUGGGAAUAUUCCCCAUUGUCAACUAUUUUGGUCGUACUCGCCCAGCGGCCCGCAGACGUCGCGAGUCAGGCGCGGCCGCUGUCGAGAAGAACAACGGGGCGGAUGAGUUAGAUAUUAUCGUUCUCAGAGUUGCUCUUGUAUCGGAUGUUGUCGGGUCGCUUGGCUACGUCUUUGCCCAUUCUUCCGGAGUGUUUGUUGCGAGCGGCAUGGUUACCGCUCUGGGUGGCCUCGGCAGUGCUACUGGACAAGCCAUUAUUACCAAACAUGUUCCAUCCGAGAGAGUUGGUCAACUGCUGGGAGCGAUCGGCAUGUUGCACGCUUUGGCGCGAGUCUUCGGGCCCGUCCUGUUCAAUGGCGUGUAUGCAUUGACCGCCGGCCGUUUCGACCAGGCUAUCUUCGUCUUAUUGGCAAGCUUUUUCGGGAUUGCUCUUACAAUGAGCUUCACGAUCAAACCCCAUGUUGUGUGGGAGGAUCAGCCAGAAGAGGAACGCCAGCCACUUUAUCCUACGAAUGGAACUCUUACACUGUCAAGUGAUCAGGUUCCCAUAGACGAGGAGGACCAGCUCCGUAUCCAGUAG